AUGUCGACACCAAGGCCCUCCAUGAAGCUCCUUGUUGAGUCUGGUAUCGUUCCGCGAGCUCCGAACCAAAGGCCUCUCACAAGAGUAGCUAUUACUUCAACAAUAGGGAAACGAUCAGUUUCCCUAUCCCUUGAACCUUUCUUCUACUUAAUGACGCAAACCUCUCCAGAACUGAUUAGGGAUUCUGUCGCCGGGGCUAUAAAUCGAAUGAGGAGGGGAGGGGUAAAUAAUCUAUGA